AUGCCCUCUGAGCUGAAUGUCCAACAGUCAUUCAGUACAUCAUCUCUAUUCUCACUAUCACUCUAUUAUUCGUUUAAAAGACGUCUAUUAUCCUCCCGUCUUAGCCAUGGAGCCAGUUACAAUCACAAUCCUCAUCGUCUUCGGUGGCUUCUAACAAAUUGUGUCUUCACAAAGGCAAUGCCAACACGGUAUGAAAGUCACCAAACACAAAGUCAAUUUGAUGGAGGAACGCAUAAUGGUCAAUGUUAG